AUGACUUUACCAACUGAGCUCCUCGGUUUGAUAUUAUUUUGGGCGAGUCGACAGCCGAAACCAUUGCCAUACCUCUCUCGCAUCGUAGGGUUUCCCGAGGAACCGGAGGAGUACACGGCGCCUUCCGCGCAACAGCUCGCGUUCGUCUGUCGGCGAUGGGUAGAUGUCCUUGCGAUGGAUCCAGAGUAUUGGAAGACCUUGGAGAUUGCCACUAGCGGCUCUACCUUCGUCCCAUACGUUGUAGAGAAGUUCUUCUCUGCCUCUCGUGACAAUUUGAUCCAGUUCACCAUUUCACCAUGCGAAACGACAGCGUGUUCCUCUUCACCACGUCAGGAACGUAAGAGGAUCGGCAUUGUUAUGGAGCUCAUGAGGCCUCACUUGGGCCGCCUGACCCGUCUGUCCAUCAAAGCCGUCUAUCGUUCAUCCAUCGUCUCCAUAGGGCAGUUCCUCGACGGCGCUGUCAUGACCCAAUUGACCGACCUGAAACUCCUUUCGCAAGAAACGGACGCCGUCCCCUUUCCACAUCGCAUCAUCCUUAUCGUUACCUCAGGGAGAUACCGACCUGCGAACCCUUCCGACGGUGUAAGCGCAAGUCGCCUCAUUGGAGCUUUGCGCACUCUUGACGACAAACGAAACCCUAUAGACAUUGACGUUGAAGAUGUGGAGUUCAAUCCGGAGGACAUUGUCCUCCACGUUGACCGCUUUUAUGAGUCGUAUAACAUCCGACUAUGCGAUAUUGCGGCUGACUUCGCCCCUAUGUUCUGUGCUAUCGGAGGGAGCGAUUACACCGAGAUUGUUCGGUGUGAGGUGGCCUUGCGCUGCAAAAUAUACAGCACCGACCUUCUUAUCACAGAAGUCACUUCCAGCUGCUCGAUGCUGCGCAUGCUUCAGGAUUGGGAGGGUAACACCCUGACCCUUGACAACUGCUUAGGUUUCGAUGACCGGGUCAUAGGUGCGCUUGCCAGUGGCGAACCGCAAUGCAGAGGACUAGCGUGCGCGGGUCUACAAUAUUUCGAGCUUCGUGGAUGCACCAAAUUUUCGGCAAGUGCUCUGAAGAGGAUGUGCGAGAUGCGACUCGGCGUCCUACCACUCGAACAUUUAGAUAUCAAAGACGGCCCCGAGAUUGAUGCAGAUAUCUUUCGAUGGUUUGAGGAACAUGUUCAAAGCUUCAGCUGGAAUGGUGUGAACGGGAAAUCUUCUGAAUAA